CUUCCUUUUAUUACAAGGUCAGUGAUAGAGAUAGAGAGAGAAAGAUUACACUCCUACCUUAAUAGGUGGGAGAAGAAAGAAAGAGAAGGGGCCAAAGGAGAAGGUGUAUGAUAUUUAUAUGGUCCAAAGUUGAAUCUUCUGCCACAACAUACACCAUCAUCCUCCUCCAAUCCAUCAUCAAUGGCCGUGACCACUCCCUGUAUCAAUGCCACAGAAAAGAAGCACUGGUGGCUCACCAACCGAAAGAUCGUAGAGAAAUACAUGAGAGACGCUCGGAGUCUGAUAGCGACGCAGGAACAGAGCGAGAUCGGUUCGGCGCUGAACCUUCUCGACGCAGCUCUGGCGAUCUAUCCGCGGCUGGACGAAGCGCUGGAGCUGAGAGCGAGGUGUCUGCUAUAUCUGAGAAGGUUCAAGGACGUGGCGGAUAUGCUUCAGGACUACAUUCCGAGCCUGAGAAUGGCGAACAACGACGACUCUGGUUCUUCUGUUUCUUCGGAUAGUUCGCUUUCGAGGGAAGGUGUCAAGCUUCUCCCUUCCUCCGAUUCCGAUCAGAGUUUCAAGUGCUUCUCUGUCUCUGACUUGAAGAAGAAGGUUAUGGCAGGGCUGUGUAAAACUUGCAACAACGAAGGGUAUUGGAGAUACUUGGUUCUGGGGAAAGCAUGUUGCCACCUAGGCCUAAUGGAAGACGCCAUGGUCCUUCUCCAAACCGGCAAACGUCUAGCCACCGCCGCCUUCCGCCGAGAGAGCGUUUGCUGGUCCGACGACAGCUUCUCCCUCUCCAACCCCCUCUUCUCCGGCGACACCCCCACCACCCCACCCCCGGAGUCCGAAGCCGUCACCCAACUCCUCGCUCACAUUAAGCUCCUCCUCCGCCGCCGCGCCGCCGCCCUCGCCGCCAUUGAUGCCGGCCUCCACUCUGAAGCCAUCCGCCACUUCUCCAAAAUCCUCGAGGGCCGCCGCGGCGCCCCUCAGGGCUUCCUCGCAGAGUGCUACAUGCACAGAGCCUCCGCAAACCGCUCCGCCGGGCGAAUCGCCGACUCAAUCGCCGACUGCAACCGAACCCUCGCCCUGGACCCCACCAGCAUCCAAGCCCUCGAAACCCGAGCCUCACUCUUCGAAUCCAUUCGCUGCUUCCCAGACUCCCUCCACGACCUCGAACACCUCAAGCUCCUCUACAACACCAUCCUCCGCGACCGCAAGCUCGCGGGCCCCACCUGGAAGCAGUUGCGCCACCACAACAACCUGCGCUACAGAGAAAUCCCAGGAAAGCUCUGCGCCCUCACCGUAAAAACACAAGAACUCAAACAGAGGAUCGCUUCCGGGGACACCGGGAACGUCGACUACUACUCGCUCAUCGGAUUGCGGCGCGGUUGUGGGCGUUCGGAGCUGCAGAGGGCUCAUUUGUUGCUGUGUCUGAAACACAAACCCGACAAGGCCACGUGUUUCGUCGAACGGUGCGAGCUGGCGGACGAGCGCGACCUCGACUCGGUUAAGGAAAGGGCGAAAAUGUCGGCGCUGUUGCUCUACAGGCUGCUCCAGAAGGGUUACACAAACGUGAUGGGAACCAUCAUGGAUGAGGAAGCCGCUGAGAAACAGAGGAAGAAGGUUCUAGAAGCUCAAGUAUUGAUGAGUAAUGAGAAUUUGGAAGACAAGAAGUGCAACGUUUCCUCGCCUUCGACGGCGAACCCCUCUGUCUAUCAGGGAGUGUUUUGCCGCGAUAUUGCGGUGGUUGGGAACUUGCUUUCGCAAUCGGGGUUCAACCGCUCCAUUCCGGUGAAGUACGAGGCGUUGAGCUGCUGAUUCCUCCCCCAAAGAAUCUAUGCUUCGUCGCUUCUUGUACAGAUAUAAGUUCGACAAUUUUGUCACCCUUUAUUUUUCUAUUUUGCUCUACAUUUUAAUGCUCAUUUCUUUAGAUGUACACAGAAUUAAAUUUCAAAGUUUACUUCUGCCGCAAAACUAAAUCAUUUUACAUCUUGCUAA